ACUCGCUCUGGCUUCGCCGGGAAGUUCACACGUCCGUGAAGCGACAGCUCUCCUCUCCGUGGGCUCCUCCUCCACAGGGACACCGUCGACACGCACGCGCGCACACUUUCACCCAGAGGUCUGACGACAACGCCGUUUGUUUCGCAGAGAAACUCACGCCGGAUAAUGACUCCCGACGGUCGACACGUCCCGCGUGCGUCUUCACCUCGGCUCCAGAGUGUUUGCCUGACGACGGAAUAAAAAGCUCUGAAUGUCAUUUUCAAACACGGCAGAGGAGACUUGCUGAAUGAAACUUUCCACCGGGAGGGAGGAGUGAACUGGCGCUCGCGGACGCGCUGUCCGUUCAAAACAAACCGAGUUGGACCGCCGGAAUAAAGAUGUUCGGUCACGUCAAGUCCGACGUUGGGGAGUUAGCAACGAUGUCAGGGGUCGCCCGUUUUGGAAAAUGAUUACUGGCUGCACCGACGGCAACAUUAUGGUCAGAAGAUGUCUCGUGACGUUCAAACCGUUCAGGAUAUUCGUGGUGGGAAUAGGCUUCUUCAGCCUGUGCUUUCUAAUGACCUCUCUGGGGGGGCAGUUCUCAGCCAAGAGACUGGGGGACUCCCCCUUCACCAUCCGCACAGAAGUGCUGGGAGGCGUGGAGUCUCGCGGUGUGCUGAGGAAGAUCAGUGACAUGCUGGAGGUGAUUCUAAAGAGGAUGGACAGCCUGUCCAAACUGGACAACAGCACCACCAGUGACGCACGGCGCCUGGAUGAGCUCAGCUCCGCUAUCAACAGGUUUCAACCAGCCGGCCUGGUGGAGAGGAUCCAAGCUAUCGCUCAGAAUGUCUCCAACAUGGCCACCAGGGUGGAGCAGAUACUGCAAAACAGCAUGUUGCAAGGACGAGCAGUGAGAGAUGGGACGUCAAGCCAGUGUGAAGUACCACGAGACCUCCGCUUUCCUGAGUGCCCUGGGAAAGUAGAUUGGAUGCGUGCACGUUGGACAUCGGACCCCUGCUACGCCUUCUACGGUGUCGACGGUUCAGACUGCUCCUUCCUCGUCUACCUGAGCGAGGUGGAGUGGUUCUGCCCCCCGCUGGUCUGGAGGAACCAGAGCAGCCCCCCCACCCAGUAUGUAGUGCAGCCAAAGGCCCCCAAGAGACAGGCUGCCUUCCGCACUGACCUCUCCGUGCUGCUGGACCAAGUCGGGGCAGGAAAGGAGUCCCUCAGCUUCAUGAAGCGCCGAAUCCGCCGCCUCGCGCAGCAGUGGGCGACGGCCGCCAACCGCCUGGAUGCCACGCUGGAGCAACGCUGGAGGGACCAGAAGAAGAUCCUGGUCCACGUAGGCUUCCUAACCGAGGAGUCUGGAGAUGUGUUCAGCCCCAAAGUGCUGAAGGGGGGUCCUCUGGGAGAGAUGGUCCAGUGGGCCGACAUCCUCACUGCGCUGCACGUGUUGGGACACAACCUCAAGAUCUCCAUGUCCGUCAAGGAGCUGCAGGGGUUCCUCGGUGUGCCCCCAGGCAGAGGCAGUUGCCCACUGACCGGCCCGCUGCCCUUUGACCUCAUCUACACCGACUACCACGGCAUGCAGCAGAUGAAGCAGCACAUGGGGCUCUCGCUCAAGAAACACAAAUGUCAUAUCCGGGUGAUUGACACGUUUGGGACGGAGCCAGCUUACAAUCAUGAGGAGUACGCAACGCUGCACGGCUACCGGACCAACUGGGGCUACUGGAACCUCAACGCCAGGCAGUACAUGACCAUGUUCCCUCACACACCAGACAACUCAUUCAUGGGCUUCGUUUCGGAGGAGCUGAAUGAGACGGAGAAGAGGAGCAUCCAGCAGAACAAAGUCAACAACAUGGCUGUGGUGUACGGGAAAGAGGCCAGCAUGUGGAAGCUUCAGCAGGGUAAAGAAGGUUUCCUACAGAUUCUCCACAGGUACAUGGAGGUCCACGGCACGGUGUACUAUGAGACCCAGAGACCUCCGGAGGUCCCGGCCUUCGUGAAGAACCACGGCCUGCUGCCCCAGCAUGAGCUGCAGCAACUGUUGCGCAAGGCCAAGCUCUUCAUUGGCUUCGGUUUCCCCUACGAAGGCCCUGCCCCUCUGGAAGCAAUAGCCAAUGGCUGCAUCUUCCUGCAGCCCAAGUUCCACCCGCCUCACAGCUCACUGAAUCAUGAGUUUUUCAGGGGCAAGCCCACUUCUAGAGAGGUGUCCUCCCAACACCCGUAUGCAGAGCAGUACAUCGGCAAACCUCACGUCAUGACGGUGGACUACAACAACUCCCUGGAGUUCGACUCUGCCAUCAGGGAAAUCAUGAGGACCAAGGUUGAGCCAUAUCUGCCUUAUGAGUACACCUGUGAGGGGAUGCUGGAGAGAGUGCAUGCCUACAUACAGAAUCAGGACUUCUGUGCCCUCGAGCCUCCCUUCAUUCCAGCCAACCUCUCCAGACAGGGGUCUGGUGGUGGCAGCAGGGUUCGAGGACCUCUGUUUGUGCCCCUGCCCAAUUCCACGGCCCUUGGCUGGGCGUCCAAUGUGACGGCGCCCCCCGCCUGGCCUCCGCUCAGCUCCCUCAGGCUGCUCGUAUCUCAAGAGGGCCAGUCCUGUGUGGAGGCGUGCCAUUCGGAUGGGUUCAUCUGUGAGCCCGCUCACUUCCGCUUCAUCAACAACAAGGAGGCCCUGCGCGGGUUGGAGGUGCAGUGCGAGGUGGUCGACUCCGAGAUCAACCACAUCCUGCCAGCCUUCUCGGUGGUGCGGCGGGAGUGCGGCCUCCAGCGGGAUCCCCUCCUCUUCAGCUGUGCAGGAUACUCCCCCAAAUACAGGCGCCUUUGUCCGUGCAGGGACUUCCGACGUGGCCAGGUGGCGCUGUGCAGAGACUGUCUAUAAUGACGGGACAGGUGAUGGACAGACACAAAAGAAUUAGAUACCGAUUGGCAGAAGGGUUUGAGGGGGAGGGACACCGGAAGGCCACCGUAGGCCGGAACGAGUGUAGAGCUGUGACAAAUGAUGAGGGUGCAGAGAGGCAGCCCCCCUUCCUGAAAAACAGUAAAUGUAGGAUAAUGAGGAACAGGCAUGCAUGGAUUUGAAGAGCUAAAAGCCGGCUGGAAUAGCUGCCAGGUUGUAAGCGAGGACUUUGGGUGACUUUGGUUGUUAUAAUAGCUGUGUUCGAUAAGUUGCUGGAGUUUUCUUUAAAAGCCGGUACGACUUCGUAGAACAGGGCUUCAUGAUAGCAGGAGGUGUCAACCAGAGGAAGAGGCUGGGUUACCAAUGCCAACAAUCCUUCGACGACAGGAUAAGAGUGAUUAAAAGAUGUUUACUGGUGAUAUGAUACACACCAUUUCAUCUUCUGGAGAUGUCUCACCAAAAAUUAGGUGUUUAAGUUGGAAAAUAUGUAGUUGAAGAGCUGUGUGACUGCAGAGAAACUCAGUAUUGGGAAGACGCUGUCACUCCAUGACAGAGUCUUCAAAUAAGUUGGCUUGGAGAAGGCAACCUCGGGUCAAUAUCCAAUCUCCUCUCUGCACUUGGACAAAGGAUGAUGGACAACCAGGUUAUCUCCCCAGCUUUUACUCUCGUCCCCCAAUGAUGGACAGAGUAAUUUAUCAGACUGAACCAAAAGUCUGAGGCAGCAUCGGUCAAAUGCAAUCAUCUCUUGUCGCAAGAAGGAAAAGAGGAGGACAGAGGACAAAAAUAAAGUGUGUGAGAUUAUUUUUAAAUAAAUAAGCCUUUCAGAGCGCUCAACUGGAUUUUUAAAGAGUCCUCAGG